AUGAAGCUCCGCAGAUACCGCAAGCCGCCUCCAGACGGCUGGGACGAUAUCGAGCCAACCCUCCAAGAAUUCGAAUCUAAAAUGAGAGAAGCCGAGUCAGAGCCACAUGAAGGGAAGAGGAAAACCGAGACACAAUGGCCAAUAUUCAGGGUAGGUUUAUGUUUUUAACAUCUUUUUUGGAUAUUAUAGUAGACUUGUUUGUCGUGCAAAGGUGUUACAGUAAAACACGUUCUUAAGGCUAUCACAAUAUAUUACUUUCUUCAUAUUUACAGGCAUUGUCAAAAAACAGGCAACCUAUUUGUUUCAAGCAUAACUUUUUUUAAAAAGAUGUUAGAAACAAAGAAUUUUUUGUGAUUUUAGAUUGGUCUAUCAUACAACAAGCGCACCAACAAUAAUUUUUGAAUUUGUUAAUUUUGAAAAGUUACAGUCAGGGCCGGGCGCGAGGGGGGGGGGAGGGGGGGGGGGAAAAAAAUUUUUGAAAAAAGUUGAACGUGGUCCCCUCUGUGGAUUUACCUGUGCCGAUUUUUUGGACCCCUGCCCCCAGACCGAAAGUCCCCGCCCGGCCCUGGGUACAGUAUUUCUACCGUACUCCUAUUUGUCAACUAUGUGUAUAAUUCUUACAUAUUCUAUAAGUUUCAUUACUUCAUCUUAUCUAGUCAACGAGCUACAAUUUUUUUAAAUUUGUAAAAAAAUAAAAUUUUAAAAUCAAGAAAAGUUCGAUUCCGCUUGAAAAAUGGCCGUUUUUUUUGGAUUUUUAAAAAAUUGUUACUCGUUUAUAGGGGUGGGGGUGAGAAACGGGCCGGGAUUUGGGCCCUCUCGGGCUUGAGCAGGCCCGUUUUUUGAAAAAAUUACUGGUCGAAUUGGCCUGAAACUUUUUCUACGCCCAUGUUUUGAAUGGUCCUGACUACUAUAAAUAAUCUUAAAAUUUUGAUAUCUCUUAUCGUUUUUGAGACUAUGGACUUGGCGGGAAAAAAUUUUCAAAAAACGCCCGUUUCUCACUUCUACUCGUUCAGUAAAAGAGAUGAAGUAAUGAAACAUACAUUAUGUACAACUUUUUAUGCUCUACAAAACGUAUAUCUUCGAUUUUUGAAAAAAAAUUAUACAUAUAGUUGACAAAUAGGAGUACGGUAGAAUUACUGUAACUUUUCAAAUUUAAUAAAUUCAAAAAUUAUUGUUGGUGCGCUUGUUGUAUGAUAGACCAAUCUAAAAUCACAAAAAAAAUCUUUGUUUCUAACAUCUUUUUAAAAAAAAGUUAUGCUUGAAACAAAUAGGUUACCUGUUUUUUUGAAAACGGCUGUACAUCCUUUAUCACAUUCUUAACACAAGAUAAUAAUGUUCAUAACAUGUUAAGAAAGGAAGAAAUAACAUGAUAAACUUUUAGAUUCACCACCAAAGAAGCCGCUACAUCUACGACCUGUUCUGGAAGGAGGAGAAGAUCAGCCGCCAACUGUACCAGUUCUGUAUCGACGCCAAACUCGUGGAUGGCAACCUGAUGGCCAAGUGGAAGAAGAAUGGCUUUGAGAAUCUGUGCUGCCUAAGGUGUGUUCAAGUUAGGGACACCAACUUUGGCACCAAUUGCAUCUGCCGAGUACCAAAAAGCAAGCUGGACGCGGACAGAGUAAUCGAAUGUGUUCAUUGCGGGUGUAGAGGAUGUUCUGGAUAA